CAGAUAGAUCCCUACCCCCUGUCUGGGUGCCUCUCAAACAGUUCGAGCCAAACAACCAUCUUCUGUUUCCAGAGGACCUAGUUCAGUCUCAUGGGGGCUCCACAGCCACCAGUCCACAGUUCAUGAGUUUCCAUAAGUGUGGCCAGUCACCUGAGUUGCAGGUACUUAUGAUGAACUUUAGCAUAUAUAAAUUUCUAUGAUAUUAUUACCUUGUGUAUAUAAAAUUUCAGUAGGAGAUAGACAUUCAGUUCUACACAGGGAAAGAACUGAAGGAUGUUCAAUCAAUAAGGGAGAGAUCUCUGGCUUUGGAUGAAGGGGAUGCUGAAGGGCUUCUCUUGUAUCCCAGCAGAGGCUCCUGCAAAAGACAACUUGUCUUCUAGUGUAAGGAAAGUUCUUAGCAAUCUCAGUUCCCAUGACAUCUGCAGCUCUUCCCUAGACAUUCUAAUGUAUCCUGGAGAGCCCUGGCAUCCUCUGUGAUGUCACUAUGUUGUGGCAACACCCACUGUACUUGGGAAGUUUAUUCAGUGCCUUCACCAGUUACUGAUGAACAUGAUGGCAUACUGAAGAGUCUAAUUCAGAAAAAGAAUGGAGAUGUUAGAGAAACCAGAGAGUGACUGAAGAAAGCUGACCUUCAACCUCAAUGUAAAACGUCAAGAAAGAAAUGGUCAAGAGAAUCAUGUAAUGAGUUCUGUGCAAGAAAAGGGAAUCUUCCUGGAGGAAGUGGGCUUGUGCUGAAUCUUCCAGUAGUGGGAAACAGAAAGCUGGAGUCUGUGGGAACCAACAGAACUUCCCUGCUUGUCAUGCCUCUUGAAAUUCAAGGAUUCCAGCUUAUUAAUUGUUCUGGCUCAGAAGUUGGGAACUGUGAUGAAGAAAAUCAAGCUGGAAAGAAAUAUAUUUUAAAUAUUCACUGUGUUAAAGACCUUGCAUAUCUGAGUACUCUUCUAAUGCAUGAAAAAGCACAUACUGGAGAGAAACCCUAUGAAUGUAAUCAAUGUGGUAAAGCCUUUGAAUUUCAAAAUCAUCUUCAAGAACUUAAAAGAAAGCAUACAGGAGAGAAACCAUAUGAAAGUAAUCACCCUGGUAAAGCUUUUUCAUGUCAAAGUAGUCUUCAAAUGCAUAAAAGAACACAUACUGGAGAGAAAUCCUAUGAAUGUAAUCAAUGUGAUAAAACCUUUGCAAGAUUCAGUAGUCUUCAAAAGCAUACAAGAAUCCAUUCUGGAGAGAAACCCUGUGAAUGUAAUCACUAUGGUAAAGCCUUUAAAUGCCAGAGUAAUCUUCAAAUGAAUAAAAGAACACAUACUGGAGAGAAACCCUAUGAAUAUAAUCAGUGUGGUAAAGCCUUUGCACAAUUCAGCAUCUUCAAACGCAUACAAGAACCCAUUCUGGAGAGAAACCCUAUGAAUGUAGAGAAUGUGGUAAAACCUUUUCACAUCAAAACAAUCUUCAAAUGCAUAAAAGAACACAUACUGGAAAGAAGCCCUAUGAAUGUAAUCUGUGUGGUAAAGCCUUUGCACAAUUAAGUCACCUUCAAAGGCAUAACAGAACACAUACUAGAGAGAAACCCUACGAAUGUAAUCACUGUGGUAAAUCCUUUGCAUGGCGUAGCAAUCUUAAUAUACAUAAAAGAACACACACUGGAGAGAAACUCUGUGAAUGUAAUCAAUGUGGUAAAUCCUUUGCAUGUUACAAAGUUUUUCAAUCACAUGAAAGAAAACAUACUGGAGAGAAACCCUAUGAAUGUAAUCAGUGUGGUAAAGCCUUUGGACAUCUAAGUAAUCUUCAACAACAUAAAAGGAAGCAUACUGGAGAGAAGCCCUAUGAAUGUAAUCACAGGGAAAGCCUUUACAUGGCACAGUAAUCUUCAAAUACAUAAAAGAACACAUACUGGAGAGAAACCCUAUGAAUAUUAUCUUUGUGGUAAAGCCUUUGUAUAUCACAAUAGUCUUCAAAGGCAUAUAUGAACCCAUUCUGGAGAGAAACCCUAUGAAUGUGAACAAUGUGGUAAAGCCUUUACAUGUCAAAAAAAUCUUCAAAGGCAUAAAAAAACACAUACUAGAGAGAAACCCUAUGCAUGCAAUCAGUGUGGUAAAGCCUUUGCCCAAAACAGUACUCUUCAAAUGCAUAAAAGAACACACACUGGAGAGAAACCACAUGAAUGUAAUGAGUGUGGUAAAGCCUUUGAAUUUAUUAUUAAUCUUCAAAAGCAUAAAAGAAGACAUACUGGAGAGAAACACUCUGAAUAUAAUCAGUGUGGUAAAGCCUUUGCACAAAACAGUACCCUUCUAAUGCAUAAAAGAACAAAUACUAGAGUCAAACCCUAUUAAUGUAAUUAGUGUGGUAAAGCCUUUGCAUGUCAUAUCAAUCUUCAAAUACAUAAAAAAACACAUACUGGAGAGAAACCAUAUGAAUGCAAUCAGUGUGGUAGAGCCUCUGCAGAACUCAAUUGUCUUGAAUGCAUAAAUGAACACAUACUGAAGAGAACCCCUGUGAAUGUAAUGCAUGUGGUAAAGCCUUUGCAUAUCACAGAAGUCUUCAUAUGCAUUACAGAACACAUACUGGAGAGAAACUAUGAAUGCAAUCACUGUGGAAAAGCCCUUGCUCUUCUGAGUACUCUUCAAAGGCAUGAAAGAACACAUACUGGAGAGAAACCCUAUGCAUGCAAUCAGUGUGGUAAAACCUUUGCACAACUCAGUAUUCAAAUGCAUAAAAGAACACACUGGGGAGAAACCCUAUGAAUGUAAUAAAUGCAGUAAAGCCUUUGCAUGUCUCAAAAUUUUUCAAGUGCAUAAAAUAAAGCAUACUGGAGAGAA